UAUCUAACUUAACCUUGUUGUUUGUUGUCAAAAAUUCUUUGACUUCUGUUCAAAUUUUCAAAUAACCGUUAACGAAAAACACUAAUCUGUGAAGAAAAAUUGAAAAUGAGGGAAGUUGAGGUUAUUUCAACAAUUAGAAAAUGUCUGGUCCAAAAUAUACAAAAUAUUAUUUAUUCGGAAAACCACUUAGAAGAGAGAAAAAAAGUGAUCAAGUUGAUUGAAAGCACUGUUGAUUAUGGGGAAUCAAACUCUGCACUGAUUAUAGGACCUAGAGGUUCAGGGAAAACAACGCUUGUCAAAGAUAUUCUGAAAGAAGUCACCUCUUCAAAAACAUUUCUUGAAAAUUCUUUUCUUGUCAAGCUACAUGGAUAUGUACAUACAAAUGAUAAUUUGGCUCUCAAGGCUAUUACUCGACAGAUGAACUUAUUGAAUGUUGUUGAAGGAAAAGUUUUUGGCAGUUUUGCAGAGAAUUUAGCUUUCCUUUUAGAUAGUUUGAAAUCAGGAAACAAAGAUACAUCAAAAAGUGUUAUAUUUAUCUUGGAUGAAUUUGACUCUUUUUGUCACCAUCACAAUCAGACACUCCUGUAUAAUUUGUUUGAUAUUUCUCAAUCUGCACAAACUGCCAUUUGUGUUCUAGGCCUAACAUGUCGCUUAGAUGUAGUAGAGCUCUUAGAGAAGCGAGUCAAAUCUCGUUAUUCACAUAGACAAAUAUUUUUAUUCUCUGAUACUAAUGAUGAAAAUGCCAUGCUUGAAUACACUCUAGAAAAUAUCAAAACCAUAUUAUCACUUAAAUCAUCUGAUUCUAUAAUAAAUAAUAACUUGUCAACAUCGUCCAUAACAAAAUGGAAUAAGCAGGUACAACAAUUAGUGAAAGAUAAAUCUUUUAAAAGUGCGAUUCAACGGUUGGUGGAUAUUGAUAUAAGUAAAAACCAGUUUAAAAAUAUGUUGAUUUCUAUUAUAUCAAAUUUGAGGGGUGAUAGAGAUGAAAUAACAGCAUCUGACUUUCAAGAGGAAUUGAAAAAAUUUGAGAAAGAUAGUACUAUACAGGCAAUACAUGAUUUAAGUGUUCUGGAAUUAUGCCUUGUUAUAGCAAUGAAACAUCAUGCUGAUAUAUAUAAUAAACAACCAAUGAAUUUCGAAAUGGUAUUAGCAAGGUAUACAAAAUUCGCCAAUGCUAAUUCCUCUGUCCAGACGGUUCAGAGGCCAGUUAUCAUGAAAGCAUUUGAACAUUUACAGAAUUUAGAGCUCAUCACCUUUGUUGGUGGAGGUGGCACCAGAAUACAAAAAGAAUACCAAUUAUUCAAACUUGAAGCAACUUCACAACAGAUUGCUGAGGCUGUAAAGUCAUCCCAAGGCCUACCAACGGAAGUUGUUCAGUGGGCAAAUAGUUCGUUAAUUUAAGUGAAUAACGCUCAGUUGCAAAAACGUCAAUUAUAAUUUAAUCCACGUUAUAUAAUUUAACCUUUUUAUGGAGGAUUACAAUUUUAGUCAACCAAAAUUAUAAUUGAGAUUCUUCCAACUGGGUAUAGGGUAAUUUUUGUAUUUUUUUUUUAAUUUAAUCAUGAAUUAUUGUAAUUUAUUGAAUUUUGUUUUUCACUUAUUUCCAAAUUACGCACAUUGGUCUUUAAUUUUUGUUGGAAUAUUUUCAAUCUCCAUUUCAAAGCUACUGUGGUU